AUGUCAACAUCUCGAUCAAGUCUGGGAUCCGCAGCGCUCAAUGGCCACUUGUAUGCUUUAGGUGUUGAUGCUGUCGACGGAAAGAUCUACGCUGUUGGUGGAUACGACGGCCUACCCAUCAUAAAUCCGUUGAUGUUUAUUAUCCCCAAGAAAAUCUAUGGAGAGAACACAUCUACAAGGAGGACGGCAGCAUCCGUACGUAAUGCGAUCCGGAACAGCGACAACAUUACUGCAGCUCCCAACCGACCUCAGAUCAAAUGCGUGACGCUAAAAAAUUAUCAGUCAUUGUAUUUUCACUGA